GUGAAGAGGCUCCUGCUGCACUCGCAGGACGGCUGCACCCAGGUCUUCGGUGGCGGGGGCGGCGUCACCCAGGGCGAGUGCCCUCUCGAGGCCGACGAGCUCAGACGAGGAGCCGUGGCGCAAGACCCUUUCGGUGGAGCUCUGGGCUGCAGCCUCUCGUUCUUCACGUCCCUUGGCAAGGUGAUCUCCAUCGAGGGCUCCGAGGCGAGGCGACGACACCGCUUCGCGGCCCCGCGGGGCAUGCAGAUCAUCGGCCUGCAGUUCGACAACACGCGUCUC